GUGGAAUAUUGCUCGCACUUCUGGGAUGGCUCCGUUAAGUACUUACUCGAUGCCUUGGAUAGGUUACAGCGGCACGCUGCCCGCAUCAUUGGCGAUGAAGAGGUAACUGAUAAUCUCGAGUCUAUACAAUUACGCCGAGAUGUGGCAUCAUUAAGCGCAUUCUACGGACUAUACCACGGCGAGUGUUCUGAGGAGUUAUUCUCCCUUAUCCUUCCAUCACCUUAUCUUCAGAGGACCUCGCGCGCUGGCCUACGUUGUCACCGACGUACUGUGGCCACUAUUCCUGCACGAUCAAAGAAAUUUUGUGACUCAUUUCUUUGUCGUACUAUUCGCAAGUGGACUUCGUAGUGACAAUUUGCACUCGCAAACUAUGAUGAAUAUGAAACUAUGAUGAUGUUAUUGAUUCGUGCGACAAAAAACCGGUUCCAACGGAAGACCAGCGCUAAUGGCAACAUUAGCACUAUGCUGAGUUGGGGCCGUUUUGAGACUAAAUUUAAUUGUUUUAUUUUAUUUUUUAUAUUAUUAUGUUUUUUUGUUGUCUCAAAUAAAAUUAUUUCUUUCUUUCUUUCUUUCUUUCAAACUGUCCGAAUUCUAUAUUGGUUCGUGCUUGGGGUACUGUGCCCCUAGCACGAACCAAUAUCCAAUUAGAAUAGUUUGCGAGUCCGAAAUGUCAUUGUCUGUAUGGAAACGUGAACAGCAGCACCACAACGGAUUGUCAAAUGUGUACUGAUUUUUAGUUCUCGUUACGUACUUUGUGCCGCUGCUGUUCAAGUUUCCAUACAAAAUUUGACAUUGAAAUUUCGGUUUGCAAACUAUACGAAUUCGAUAAUGGUUCGUGCUAGGGGCACAGAUCAUAACAGAAGACGUCACAGCGAGUCGCUUCAUUCUCGGGGGCGUUUCUGAAACUAAUGCACUAAAGUUGCUGUAUCUCCGACAUUUUAGUCCGAUUUAGAUAAUUUGUUCACAGUAUUUACUGUACAUUUUGUCACUAUAAUUCUGUAUCAUCAACAGCCUAUCCUAGUCCACUGCUGGACAUAGGCCUCUCCAAUUGCAAGGCACUGAGAUCGAUUUUGGGCUACUCGCAUCCAGCUCCUGCCAGCCACCUUGCGUAAAUCGUCACUCCACCGUGACUGAGGAAGUCCUACACUACGUUUGCCUAGACGCGGUCUCCACUCCAGAACUCAUCUACCCCAACGGUUAUCGGGUCUUCGGCAAAUAUGGCCAGCCCACUGUCACUUCAGCUUACUAAUUCGGUGGGCUCUGUCGAUAACUCAGGUUCUCUGUCGGAUUACCUCAUUUCUGAUGCGAUCCUUCAGAGAAACACCGAGCAUAGCCCUUACCAUAGCGCGCUGAGCGACUUUGAACUUGUGGACCAGCCGUACCGUCAGUGUCCACGUGACGGCUCCGUAUGUCAUUACAGGUAGGACGCACUGAUUGAAAACUUUCGUCUUUAGGCACUGUGGGUUCGACGAUGACAGGACUUGACGUAGCUUCCCAAACGCUGCCCAAUUCUUCUAUUCACCUCGUCUUCAAAGUUGUUUCUACCUAACUGCAAUGUCUGCCCGAGGUAUACAUGUUUUUGAACAACUUCGAGAACGGCACCGUGUAUUGCAAUCGGUUCCGGUAGAACAUGUUCAUUGAACAUGACCUUGGUUUUAUCCAAGUUCAUCCGUAGGCCGAUGCGUAUAGAAGAGUCAGCCAGGUCAUUCAGCAUUUUUGUAGGUACUGCAGGGUUUCUGCCAUGAUGACGAUGUCGUCUGCAAAUCGCAAGUAAGAGAUGCGUUCGCCAUUUAUGUUGAUGCCACGUCCUUUCCAGUUGAGCGUCUUGAACAUAUCCUCCGUUGCAUUAGUGAACAAUUUCGGGGAAAUAACGUCCCCUUGUCUCACUCCACGAUGCAAUGGUAUGGGACUUGUUUGCUGAUUCUGUACUUGGACAGACAUGGUGGCGGCUUCGUAGAGACAUAUAAUCACUUGGAUGUAUCGCCAGUCGACUUGGCAACGCUGCAGGGACUCCAGGACAGACCAGAUUUCAAUCGAGUCAAAGGCCUUCUCAUAGUCCACAAAUGCUAGGCACAGAGGCUGAUUGUACUUUUCAGUCUUCUGUAUAAUCUGCCGUACUGUGUGGAUUAUUACUUAAUUACUCCACACAGUAAUUCUGUAUACCCCUAAAAAAACAUGACUGAUCCUCGUUGGCAUUAAAAGCGUUACCACACCGAAAAGAAUUAGUGUCGUUACCUCAAUCUGUCUUGUCAUUUGUUAUCAAUAGCUAUAUUAAUCCUCAUCUAUUAGAUUUAAAAAAGAAAAUCACAGAAAAUGUUUUUUUAUUUAGCUAAUCAGUAAUCAAUCAUUAUUUAAAGGACACGUUUUAAUCAAUUUUAUCAAUGCGAUUACAUCGGAUGGAAAAAGCGAGCUUCAUUAGAAUCACUUGUUUCUGUGUAUCGUCUGCGGCAGGACCCUGGUUGAAAAAUACGGAAUAAUAGUCAGAAAUAGGAAAGGAAGAAGAAGAUUAAAUGUCUGAGACGAGAAAAGAUAGUAUACCCGAGGAUGGUCAGCCGAAUGGGAGAACCGGCGCUAAGCGCAUUGACCUGGACUAUGUGUUGGUGCAUGAGUUGGGCCAAUUUGGAAGGUUCCAGCUGAUCAAUACUCUGCUGGUAUCUGUCCCUCUCAUCAUGUCAGCGUUUAUGAGCGAAUUCAUCUUCGGUGCUGCCGCAAUCCCUCACAGAUGUCGUAUCGCAGAAUGUGGAGAGAACUUCAAGACCGUCCCUUUCCGUCCAGACUGGAUCGCCAAUGCGAUACCUGAGACGGACAACAACCUCGCCAGCUGUCAGCGGUUUCCAUCUCUAGCGAAUGGGACAUUAAAUGAAUGCCCUGCAAACCUUUUUGAUAGAGGUUCCACUACCGACUGUGAUGGCUUUGUGUACGCCAGGACAGACUCUGUAGUCUACGAUUUCGACUUAGGUUGUCAAGAAUGGAUGAGAGCAUUAGCUGGUACAUUGAAUAGCGUGGGGACAUUACUGGUGUUGCCUAUCACUGGGUACGUGUCGGAUCGUUUCGGGCGACGAGUGGCCCUCAUCAUCAGCGUCUUCAACAUGGCCGUCAUCGGCAUCAUCAGAUCCUUCUCCGUCAACUAUCCCAUGUACUUGGCGAUGCAGAUCUUACAAACUACCUUGGGAGCAGGGACCUUCAGUUCGGCAUACAUCUUUGCUGCGGAACUUGUGGGACCGAAAUAUCGUGUGGUCGCCAGUGCUACUUCUACGUCAAUGUUUGCUCUUGGCCAAGUGAUCUUAGGAGGUACAGCAUGGUUAAUCCCAUCGUGGCGUUAUCUUCUGCUUGCGCUUAAUAUACCGUGUUUCUUAAUCAUUGCGUACUACUGGAUCCUGUCGGAAAGUGUCAGGUGGCUACUAUCUAAGGAGAAAUUUGAUGAGGCAAGAGUGGUGUUAGAGAAAGUGGCGAGGGUGAACAAAAAGGAAAUCAGCGAAAAAUCUAUGCAAGCUUUAUUGACCCCGGCUCCUUCCGCACCAGAAGACUCCAUCCAGAAACAAGAUUCGGUUUUGAAAGCGAUAGUCAAGUCACCUAUUUUACUGCGGCGAGUGUUAACGACUCCAAUAUGGUGGAUCACGACCAUCCUGGUGUACUAUGGACUGUCCAUCAACUCGACCGGACUCUCCGAGGAGAGGCAUCUGAACUACAUUCUCACUGUGGGCAUCGAAAUCCCGGGCUUCUACAGCGCCGUGCUCAUCCUUGAUAGGAUCGGGAGAAGACUAACUCUUUGUGGUGGUUACUUCUUGAGCGCUGCCUGCAACAUAGCGUUCGCAUUUAUCCCGAAUGAGCUGACAGUGGUUCGGUUGGUGAUAUUCCUGCUGGGCAAGUUUGGCAUCUCGGUGGUGAUGACGUCAAUGUACCUUUACACUUCAGAGCUGUACCCUACCCAGUAUCGGCACAGCUUGCUCGGCUUCUCAUCCAUGAUCGGCAGGAUAGGAUCCAUCACUGCGCCACUCACUCCAGUAUUGACGGAGUAUUGGGAAGGCAUACCCUCAAUGUUGUUUGGCACCAUGGGUAUGAUUUCUGCAGUGCUGGUGCUGACGCAGCCGGAGACCCUGGGCACCAAGAUGCCGGACACCCUAGCGGAGGCAGAAGCACUCGGUAGAAAGAAAUAAUUAACUCGGAAAGGAUUGAUUCCAGAUUCAAAUUAUACUAAUUCUAAACUUAGGUAGAUAAUUGCUUAAGUUGUAAGGCAGAGUUCCCACUAAACGUUCUGUCCGACACUGACUUUGAGCAGAAAGGAGGGUUUAGUUAUAUCUCUUUCGCGUUUAAAGUUUAAGAAAACGUAUCAAUGUGCUAUAUCAUAUAUUCGACCUGUCCAUAGGAUAAAGCUAGUUCUGCAUAAUCUCUACUUUACAGUAGAACGAUUUGAAGUUUGUAAGAUGUAAAAUUUGCUUUAACUUGCAUUGGUAUUUUUCUAAUCAUAUAAAGCAUUGAGAAGCAAAUUAUGACGCAUUUAGUGUUUAAAAAAAAACUACAUUUACGGCUCAUAUUUUGUUAUUUAAUAGUAUCUUAAGUGAUUAUGUGACAAUUUACUACGGACAUCUUUAUGUUAUAUAUGCAUAUCAGACCUUAUGCUUGGGAAAGGUGUCAAUAUUAUGUGAAGAUAUAACUUUGUUUUACAAAAUUUAUAUGUCCUGUCGCGUCACAUUAUGAUAAUAUGACAAAUAAGAAAAAUAGAAUCAAACAUUUAGUAAAAAGUCUCAGUUUGUAACAAAAUUGAAGCCGUGCAGGCUUUCAUUUGAUUCUUUCCUAUCCAAAAGGUACUUGACUCUAUAUUCUUCGGAAACAAAAAUCACAUGUACCUUUAUUCAAUUGCCAUCUUCGAAGUUAUAUAAGUUUUAGAAUAUAUGUUUUUACCAGUAAAAUAUAUGCGUCCGUUUCGCCUAAAAGUAUAAAAAAUGUAAUUUGAUAACAAUUCCAAAUGUAACUUUAUUCUAUGCAUAGGUCGAUCUCUUUCUCAAAUAUGUAUAGGUUUAGGUGGAAUUGCUAAUCACCUUUUAAAAUAUGUUUAUAUAAUGCAUUUUUCUAUGUUUUCUCAUUUUACCGAUAAGCAGCGGCGAAAAAUAGGUUUGGUGUGAACGCUGCUUAUUUAUUACUUUUAUAAUAUGGGUUGUAAAGUAUAUUUUUUCAGAAGAGGAUAAUACUGAAAUGAUACGUCUUUCGUUCUACGCGCAGUUGCGAAAUAUACCAAAAAAACGUCGAGACACUAUAUAUUAUAUUUAUGGAGGUAUAAACUUUGUUUUAAGUUUUAAAAAGUACCUACAUUUUGUACAAGGAGCCGUCGUACUCAAGUCAAAGUUUAUUGACGUCUUAUGCGGACAAGAUAUAACAUUGUACACAAAAGUUAGUAUUGUGAAAUAUUCUAACUUUAUUGAUAUUAAUGAAUGAUAAAUAGAUACUUCAUUUAUUUCAUUUAUUGUAUUGUACGUGUGUAUGUUCCCUGUUUAGAAGAUGUAACAAUAUAAUUAUGAUACGUUAAUAGACGAAUACGACGGUAACAAACUUAUGGUGUUCAAUAUGGGCACCUAAAUUAUGUGUACGAAAUAUGUAGACAUAUUUUUUUUAAAGAAUAAUGAUAUUUAUUGUACUUUUAUUCUAAAAGAAGAUAUUUUCAGAAAAAUAAAACUGUGUACAAUACAGUGAUUCGAUGUUAAGAUCCCGUUUCCACAAUGGAUUUUAACCAAUUAGGUUGUGACCAAUUGUAAUUGGUAAUUACAAUUCCAAAACAUAUAUUUAAGGAUAAACGUUUCAUUUGUAAUUAUAUUUAUUUAAUAUUUAUACUUCGUGAAACUUGACGCGAAAUAAAAUAUGGAAAAAAUAACAAUAUUUUUAUUUAUAAAAUUUUCAUAAAUCAAUUGAUGCUGGCAUUCUCAUGACACAAUAAAUUUCACCUCUAUUUCUUGGUGAUUAUCAUAAAACUAUUAAUGUACAAAAGUAACGAAUGAUAUUUAUCUAUUUAUUUUACAAUUGUUUAUCAUUAUCUUAGUUAAUAUUAAUUAAUAGUAAAUAACACAUUAGACAUUUUACCAUUCUUAUUUAUCAUUAACUUUUACACUUUAAUAGCUUGCAUGUUGCUGGGCUGGGUGUUUUAUUUACCUAUCUUUAUAUAUAUAAUUCUUCUGUGAGUGUGUAUGUCACUGAACUUCUCUUAAACGACUGGACCGAUUUUGAUGAAAUUUUUUGUGUGUGUUCAAGGGGAUCUGAGAAUGGUUUAGAUUCACAAUUUUGUCCGCUGGACAACCCCUAUUUUUUUAGGGCGGUACGAAGUUCGCUGGGUCAGCUAGUCUAUAUAUAAUAGAUUUAGAGUAAUAGUUAUUUAUGAUAUUAGUGCAGUAACUUAUUACAAACGAGUAGGCAGAACCGUCUUUCCCAGUGGGCACUUUGGGCAAGUGCCCAGGGCCCCGCGAUCGAUAGGGGGCCCCCUCAGAUCAAAUACAAAGUCCCUAUUUCCUGUUAAAUUACCAAACGGAAGUCAUAGGGGCCCCAUUAUCCUAAUAUGGCCAGGGCCUUCAAUAGGUCAUAGGUUAGGUUUUUUUACAUAAGCGACUGAGAAGUAAAUGAUAAACAUUUCUAUUCUCUUAAACAAGGUAACAUGAGUCGGCACAGAAUUGCCUUAUGCAUGUAUUUACUAAGUGUUAUCUAACCAAAGUUAUUAUUUCGUUAAUCACAUUGCCCAAACUCUUCAAACACGUACUAAAUAAAAAAAAAACUCUAGGGUCAAGUGGGGAACAGUGUAACAAGUGGCAUAGUGUAUUAUGUGGAAUAUCUCUGUAUUAUACCCGGCCAUUUGACGUCUGAUGACAGCUGCUUAAAGGUGCUGUACGACGGCCUGCGUUAUAGCGGGAGUUGCCAAACGUGUAAGAACUCUGACGUUUGAGAUUUAUCAGUCUCUAUACAUGAUACGAGGUAAAUAGUAAUCUCGUAUACUUUGAUAUGAGAUUUGAACAAUGUUGACUAUUUGUGUCAUGUACACAAACCAAAAAUAUGCAAUAAGUCAUAAGUUUGUAGAGAAACUAUUCUAGAUUGAAUUAAGACUUGAUGAAGCCUGGAUGACUACAGUAGAACUCGAAAAAUAUAAAGAAAUUCUGAAAAUGAAAUAAAAAAUUUGGCCGUGAAAAACAAAAUGGGUAGCCCCCCAUUUGACACAGACAGUUGACGGGGUAUUAUACCCGGCUAUUUGGCGUCUGAUAAUAGCUGCUUAAGAUGUAAAACGUAAGCAUAUAAAACGAAUAAAAAAAGAUAUAUAAUAAAAAAGGGUAGAGAUAUUCCUUAUGUUAAAUUGUGCCCCCUGUUACACUGUCCCCACUCCACCCUACCUAUCUUUCGUUUUAUAAGUCAAAUUGUUCUUAAAACUCUAAAUUGUACAUAAUCACAAUAACUGCGUUAGGUAUUUAUUUCUUGAUAUAAUAUAUGUAAUAAAUAAAUAAAUUACAGGAGUUCCGUCUUAACGAUUCAUUUCAACACAUUGUUGUAAACACUUACUAAUCUUAAAUUUUAUAGUAUCUGACAUAGGUUGUCGAACAGCCGGACGGAGAAAUAUAAAUUUUAAUUCUGUAUUUUUUUGGAAUGGCAUUAUACCGGGUUUACACGAGGCGAUUAUAGUUCAUCAACUGCUAAAUCGCAUGGGGUUUGAACCUUCUGAAGAGGCUUUCAAUCGAAUUGAAGCAAUCAAAGUGAAGAAAAGCAGUUGAACGAUAAAAUGUUCAAUUUAAAUCGUCUCGUGUGAACCCGCUUGAAGACAACACGUCACUUUAACAACCAUUCAAUUUAAGUAACGUGUUGUCGGGCAGUCGUAAGAGUUCAUCAAAAUUUAUUAGAUAUGGAUUUUACAAAUUACAAUUUUUCACACAAUAUUAUUAAGAUGGCAUUCUUGGUUUUACAUAACGACAACGUUUAAUUUCUGCAUUCGGCAACUUACUAUAAAAUACAAAACGGGGCUGUACUAUCAAAGUCGAUUCAUCGAUGUAUAGUGGUGUUGUGUCCUACUCUACGACAUUAAACAAUAUGUAAGUAAGAAUAGAAUCGACGAAUAUCACACGAUAUUUCAAAAGUCAACUUUCAUACUACGGGCACUAGUUUACUAAAUUAUAUACAAAGUGAAAGCUAAAAAUUCUAUUCAUUAUCUUCAUACAUUCUGACAAAGUGAGAGUAAGAAGAUAAAAAGAAUUCUGCAACAGUGGCAAGGUGGCAAAAUUGCUACCUAUGGCCUUAGAUUAAAACAAAAAGGGUAGAUACGGCACUAGCGUCACAAAAGUGAUCCGCAUAAAUUGUGGCCCAAGACCACAAUCGCUUUAGUCACAACUUGACAUGCAAACGACGUACAUGUGAACGCCAAAAAGAAAUAUUGCUAAUAUUUUGUUUAUAUGAUAAAACAAUGCCUAAGUGUGUUUGUAAAAAGUGCUCAAAUUGCUCAAGAACUAAAAAUAAAACCCACGGCAUCACUUUUCAUUCGUAAGUACUAU